UGCCAGGACCCUGGCUGAUGCCUUAGAUGUCCUCAUUUCAUGUGGGAGCCAGCUGUGACUUAGACAAGGUAGGAUUUCCCAAAGGUUGCACAGUGACACAGAGUAGAGCCAGGAUUCAAAAGCAGGGCCUGUGUGCCCAUCACAUACACUGGUGUUUUUUCCAAGGCUCUGUUAAUGUUCUCGUGCUCUUUAGUGGGGCUUUUGUGUCGCCUCACUUUGCCCUCCCCCAUCCCCUGACACCCCAGCCCUUGAGAGGCAGCAACAGUGCUCUCAGAGCCUGGGCACUGAGGGCCCUACGUAUUUCUAACAGCUCAUUACCAGAGACUCUGCAUGUUUUAGACCAAACUUAACUGUCUUCCCACACAAACCUUCUGUCACCACUGUUUGUUGUGAGGUUUUGCCCCCUCCCUGUUGCUGAUUUCAAAGCCAGCUCCAGAUUGCCUCAGCCAGCCUAGCCCUUCUCUGUGUGGGGACAUUCACCUCAGAACCACAUCUAGCAUUGGAGGUGAGACCUGUCUGUCCUGAGCAAGGGCAGACAGCAUGGCCCCUGCAGCACAGUGAUCUCUCACCCUCUCUCACCCCUCCUGGGAACCUUCUUCUGAAGCCCUGGUUGCCAGCAGUCCAGCGGUGUGCACCCAGGAAGCAGGGGUUCCCUAGCACAGAACCUCCCCAGGGGUGGAGACCGAGACGGGUAGGGUUAGAGAUGAGCCGCACAUAUGAAGAGAAAGGAUGAGCGGCUCAUUUGUGUUUGGGAACAGAAGGGGGUGGGGUGGGAGGGGUGUCGCCCAUAUGGAGCUUACAGCACCUGUGCAGUUUAUUUCCAUUUCCUCAGCAAAGGGACCGCUUCUUCCCACCCAGCCACCAAAGAAUUCUUCAACAGUCCUCAUCCCCGGGCAUCUGGGGACCCAUAGCCCUACAACUGCCCACCAUCAGUGGACCCAGUAUCAGGUCAGCAGCUGGAAAUGAGAUCACGCCUCAUGUCAGUAGAAAUGGACAGCAGCAGUUUUAUUCAGUUUGAUGUGCCCGAAUACAGCAGCACCGUUCUGAGCCAGCUAAACGAACUCCGCCUGCAAGGGAAACUAUGUGACAUCAUCGUUCACAUUCAGGGUCAGCCUUUCCGAGCCCACAAAGCGGUCCUUGCUGCCAGCUCCCCCUAUUUCCGGGACCAUUCAGCAUUAAGUACCAUGAGUGGCUUGUCAAUAUCAGUAAUAAAAAAUCCCAACGUGUUUGAACAGUUGCUUUCCUUUUGUUACACUGGAAGAAUGUCCUUGCAGCUGAAAGAUGUUGUCAGUUUUCUGACUGCAGCCAGCUUUCUUCAGAUGCAGUGUGUCAUUGACAAGUGCACGCAGAUCCUAGAGAGUAUCCACUCAAAAAUCAGCGUCGGAGACGUUGACUCUGUCACCGUCGGUGCUGAAGAGAACCCCGAGAGCCGUAAUGGAGUGAAAGAAGGAAGCUUCUUUGCCAACCCAGUUGAGAUCUCCCCUCCAUACUGCCCUCAGGUACGGCAGCCCACCGCAAGCAGUGAUCUCCGGAUGGAGACAACCCCCAGCAAAGCUUUGCGUGGCCGCUUACAGGAGGAGGGGCACUCAGAUCGGGGGAGCAGUGGAAGUGUGUCUGAGUAUGAGAUUCAGAUCGAGGGGGACCAUGAGCAAGGGGACUUGUUGGUGAGGGAGAGCCAGAUCACCGAGGUGAAAGUGAAAAUGGAAAAGUCGGACCGGCCUAGCUGUUCAGACAGCUCCUCCCUGGGUGAUGAUGGGUACCACACUGAGAUGGUUGAUGGGGAACAAGUUGUGGCAGUGAACGUGGGCUCCUAUGGCUCUGUGCUGCAGCAUGCGUAUUCCUAUUCCCAAGCAGCCUCACAGCCAACCAGUGUGUCAGAAGCUUUUGGAAGUUUGAGUAAUUCCAGCCCGUCCAGAUCCAUGCUGAGCUGUUUCCGAGGAGGGCGUGCACGCCAGAAGCGGGCUUUGUCUGUCCAUCUCCACAGUGACCUGCAAGGCGUGGUGCAGGGGUCUGACAGCGAAGCCAUGAUGAACAACCCUGGGUAUGAGAGCAGCCCCCGGGAGAGGAGUGCGAGAGGCCACUGGUACCCGUACAAUGAGAGGUUGAUCUGUAUUUACUGUGGGAAGUCUUUCAACCAGAAAGGAAGUCUCGACAGACACAUGCGACUCCAUAUGGGAAUCACCCCCUUUGUGUGCAAGUUCUGUGGGAAGAAGUACACUCGGAAGGACCAACUGGAAUACCACAUCCGGGGCCACACUGAUGACAAACCAUUCCGCUGUGAGAUCUGUGGGAAAUGCUUUCCAUUCCAGGGUACCCUCAACCAGCACCUGCGGAAAAACCACCCGGGUGUUGCUGAAGUCAGGAGUCGCAUUGAGUCUCCCGAGAGAACAGAUGUGUACAUGGAACAGAAACUAGAAAACGAUGCAUCAGCCUCAGAGAUGACCCUAGAUUCCCGGAUGGAAAUCCACACAGUAUCUGAUGCUCCUGAUUAAGAUGGUAAAGAAGGCCACCCAAACAAAGCACAUUAAUCAAUGCAUAUUUGUGAUUUGCUUUGUUGUAAUCUUUGGUUUUUCCCAGUCAUCUGGAAAUCUCUUGGUCUCUUGGCAGUUUUUCUGAAGUUUCUGGAUGGAACACUUCAUUGUGUUUAUCCUACCCCUCCGCCCUGUCUCCCCCAAGGAGCUCAAAGCAUGAAGGGCAGCGUAUCCAGGGAAAACACAGGCUGACAGUAUUCCUCUUUGGCUGGACUCUGAAUCCCAAAUCUGCCAGUGAUUUAGCUAUGCCAACUGGUUGACCCUACACUCUUCUGCCAAGAGGCAUGCUCUCUCUCACGGCAGGCACUGGCAUCAGUGCAUGCCCACAGAGGGAGACCAGGAUGCCGUCAGCUGAUACAAAUGGGUAACCUUUUCUAAUUUAAAGUUACUUUUAGGGGGUAGUUAGACAAUUUUUAUAUAUAUAUAUAAUAAAACAAUUAUUAUAUAUAUAGUAUAUAUACAUUCUCAAAUUUGAGUUUAUUCUGGUUGAGGUGAAUGUAAGAGGAAUAUAUAAUUUAAUACAAUGUGAACAGAGCUUUUGACUCUGUCUUAUCCCUUCCUAAUACAUUAGUUUUACCUCUUUGUUUCCCUUACAGAAGAAUGUUAGUAGGUUUUCAUCUAUAUUAUUGUGUCCAAAAGCAAGCAAAGCAAAUCACAGUGUUCAUAGCUCUGCUUCAUAACAUACAUAAACCAAAUGCCAUAAAAUUUCUUCAACUCUAGUUGGAAACCGUUUGGAAUUUUUGUUUGUUGUCCGGCAGGUAAGCUGGACAACCUGUGGUGCUGACCUUUUUACAUAAUGUAGUGUUAUAUUAGCCAACCCCAAAGGAGCAGUGGUUUUCAAGGUUUUUACCGGCCUACAGAUCUACCUUCAUUCAGUACUGUAGAAACAUACAUACCAGGUAACCAAAUCACUCUCUACCAUGAGUUAGUACUCGCACUAAAGGAAAGGGAUUUGUAGUUCUGUCUACAAAGUUCUCCAAGCAGUGUUGUGGUUUCUUUUUUCUUUUCUGUUUUUUUUUUCCCUUUCUUUUUCUUUCCAAACAGCCAGUUCAGGUGCACAGCAACUUUUUCUACACGCGGUUCCCAGGGAAUCUGCAGAACUUGGAAUUUGUACUUUUGUAAAGCUAUACUCCAUGGGAAUUGCAAGCAAUAUAUCUAUCUUAGUAUUGUGUGUGCUAAUGAGAGCCUCAGGGCUCCCCCACUCUCAGUGUUUCCUGCUUAAAGAAACCAACAGUUAAAAGCCCUCUAAGAUACUCUGUGUGUCACCAAAUCUGUGUGUGUGUGUGUGUGUGUGUCACCAUAUUUUUGGUCACGUGGUGCUAUUUUUAUGUUAAGUAUCUUCUAGGUCAGUAUAGUUGUAGAAAAUGUGAAAUCUAACAGUAAUAGUGAAUUAUUGCAGUUGUUUUUCUCUCUUGAGUUUAUAGCUUGGAAGAGCCCUCAAAAGCAUGUGCCAGCAAACACAUUGCUGUAUGAAAACGUGCCCAAGUCCUAUUUGAAUAAUGCUUUAUUAGUGCUUUAGGAGAGUCCUCAGUGCACAUUUGGGUUUGCAUAUGUGAACAGGUUUCACAGGAUCACUUUGGUAUUGCAGACUCUGGCAGUUCUGGAAGCAGUUGAUGCACUUGCUGCAGGCCGCCUGUGGAUGUCAGUGCUCCAGCCUCUCUGCCUUGAGAACAGGAGCUCUGAGACCCACACCCAGUGCAUCUCCCCAAGAGAACACUGCAGCCAUUUGAAAGAAAGGACUGAAAGGCCAGGCUCAUGCUAGGAGUUAGAAGUACAGAAAUAGUCAUUUGCUGGUUCUCCAUGCUUUUUUGGUUCUUACGAGACCAAGAAUGGUUGGUUUGGAAGAUAUUUUUGUGUUCUUUGUUUUUUGUUUUUUGUUUUUUG